AUGGAGAGAGAAUAUGCCCAAGCAAUCAAACGGCUCGGGGAAGCUGAGGGUAUCACGGUACAACAUCCUAUCACCAUUCAAAGCCUAGAAAGCUUGCAGGCUCACGAUGCCGACUGGGUUCGCUUCAUCGCGUUUCGCGAAGCUCGCUCCGCUGUGGACGAGUAUUGUAGCCUUCUCGACUCUGGCAGCAUACACUCGAUGGCAGAUAUCCGCGAUUGGAACGAAAACCAUGCAGAUGUGGUCAUGCCUCCAGGCUCCAAUCAAAAUGACAUCUCCAGCUGCCUUUCGUUGGGAGCUUCGCAUACAGUAGAGCAAGAGCUGAAUUCUGCCAAAGCUUCAGCAAGACGCAUUGCAGCAUGUGAAGGCCUCGACAAGGUGUAUGCGAAAUAUGACAUCAAUCUUAUCGCUGCGCCUGGUGAUAGCUUCGUAUACUGUCACGCAGCCGCUGCAGGCUACCCUAUGAUCUCCAUGCCUCUAAGCACUCUCGAAUACAACGGUCGUCCCCAUGGGCUUAGCCUCAUUGCCCAAGCAAGUCAUGAAGCACUCUUGAUUCGCUUCAUGGAGACUUUCCACAAGGUGUUCCCAGCACGACCAGAGCCACCACUACGAGGAUAG